GUUGUACGUGCACCCUGACUCCCCGUUCACGGGAGAGCAACUGCUGAAGCAGAUGGUGUCCUUCGAGAAAGUCAAACUCACCAACAACGAGCUGGAUCAGCACGGCCACAUCAUUUUGAACUCCAUGCACAAGUACCAGCCAAGGGUCCACAUUAUUAAGAAGAAAGACCACACGGCUUCUUUGCUGAAUCUGAAAUCGGAGGAGUUCAGGACAUUUAUCUUCCCAGAGACAGUUUUUACAGCUGUUACCGCCUACCAGAAUCAACUGAUAACCAAGUUGAAAAUUGACAGCAACCCUUUUGCUAAAGGAUUCCGGGACUCUUCCAGACUCACUGAUAUUGAGAGAGAAAGCGUUGAGAGCCUUAUCCAAAAGCAUUCCUAUGCCCGAUCCCCCAUUCGAACCUAUGGAGGAGAAGAUGAUCUUGGAGACGACACCCAGGCAACACAAAGCAGAGGGUCAGCUUUUACAACAUCUGAUAACCUGUCCCUCAGUUCCUGGGUAUCCUCUUCAACCAGUUUCCCUGGAUUUCAGCAUCCACAGUCCUUGAGUGCCCUGGGUACCAGCACUGCAUCCAUAGCUACACCCAUUCCUCAUCCAAUCCAAGGAUCUCUGCCUCCAUACAGCCGCCUGGGAAUGCCUCUUACACCCUCUGCUAUAGCCAGCUCCAUGCAAGGUAGUGGUCCCACUUUCCCUUCCUUCCACAUGCCGAGGUACCACCAUUAUUUUCAGCAGGGUCCUUAUGCAGCUAUCCAGGGACUGCGUCACUCCUCCGCAGUGAUGACGCCAUUUGUAUGA